AUGGAUAUUUUGAAACAUCAGGAACUCAAUGCACCACAAUUCUGUUAUCCAUCAGUUAAUGGAUCCUGCAUUAAAAUCAGUCAGACUUGGCCGGCUCAGUUUAUCUUGUAUAUUUUCUUUGUGGCAGGAAUGAUUUUCACAAUUCUUGGAAACUUGGUUGUUAUUAUUUCCAUUGCUCACUUUAAACAGCUCCAUACACCAACAAACAUACUGUUGAUGUCUUUGGCAGCAGCAGACCUGCUACUUGGAAUGGUUGUGAUGCCCUUCAGCAUGAUAAGAUCUGUUGAGGGCUGUUGGUACUUUGGAGAUGCCUUCUGUUUACUGCACUCCAGUUUUGAUAUGUUUCUCACCUGUGCAUCCCUUUUUCAUCUGAUUUUCAUUGCCAUAGACCGCUAUCAGGCCGUGUGCAAUCCACUGCAUUAUUCCACAAGAAUAACCAUCCCCAUUGCAUGGCUCAUGAGUGCUCUGAGUUGGGUAAUUGCAGGUGUAUACUCCUAUGGCCUUCUUUAUUCGAAGGCUAAUGUAAAAGGGCUGGAAGCACAUAUUGCAUCGAUAUAUUGUUUGGGUAAUUGCAUUCUGCUCGUCAAUUCUUUGUGGGGGGUCCUGGAUAGCUUAAUUGCAUUUUUUCUGCCUUGCUCUAUUAUGAUGGGUUUUUAUGCCAAAAUAUUUUUUGUGGCCAGGGAGCAUGUCAGAAAGAUUGGAGACAUGAAUCAUCAAAAGCAUUUGAAUGAGGAGAAUAAGAACAAACUGUCUCGAAGUUCUGAGCGCAAAGCAGCAAAAACCCUGGGAAUUGUUAUGGGGGUCUUCAUUCUUUGCUGGAUGCCUUUCUUUGUAAACUUGAUAAUUGAUCCGUACAUUAACUUUAGCACUCCUGUAAUCAUCUUUGACGUGCUUGUGUGGCUAGGUUACUUUAAUUCUACUUUAAAUCCUAUAAUCUACAGUUUAUUUUAUCCUUGGUUUCAAAAAACAUUUAAAAUCAUUGUUUCUUUGAAAAUAUUAACUCCAAGUUCUUCAAAUAUUAAUCUAUUUAUUGAAAGAUAAUUAUAAAAUGGCUUCAUGUCUUGCAUUUUUUAAGAGUGAAUCUUUGUUCCAAUAUUUGAGUCAGCCAAUUUGUGCCUUGUUCACACGUCUCUUAAUCUAGCCCUAUUCUUCUGCUAUAGUACUGGAAUAUAAGAGAAUGUUUAUUUUACGUAAUAUUGUCAGUAAUCCUAAAAUACUGGUUCGCCUCGUUUAAUGUCAAGAUAGCAGCUGGACACGAUUCUUAUUGUUCAUAUGCUGUUAGUUACCACAAAACCUGAACUUUCAGCCUUCUAACUACAGGUUCAGUAGCUUAACUACUGUAAUUUUAUUUGAUAGUGUAGUCUCCACAACCACUAUCGCGCCAACUUACAAAAAUUAUUAACAAAAGCUCUUCAAAAUAAUAUAGGAUUAUAGGCAGUUUAAGUUAUAUAUUACACUGAAAAAUGGUAUGUAUUAGAAAUAAGUAAUUACAGUAACUUAAAAGCUAACACGUGUUAAUAGAAUAAACUCAAUUUUUUUGGAUAUUUUCGAUAAUUGUUUAAUAACUGAAUUAACCCAAGUUCAAGUUUCACUUGUUGAAUGCAUGACAUUGCAUUCAGUGAAUGAAAGGCUCUAUUGUCGAUAAAAAUGAAUCAACUAUGUUUCUAGUUUUCAUACUCCAAUUUUUGUAUUACGUUUACUUUCCACUGUGUGUAUGUGCAUGCAGUAUGUAUAUAUUGUACGGUGAGCUCCAUAAUGUUUGGGACAAAGACACUUUUCUUAUCUUGGUCUGUACUCCACAAUUCUUGAUUAAAAAAAAAUUCACAUAUGGUUAAAGUGCACAUUCUCAGCUUUUAUUUAAGGUAUUUUUCUACAUUUUGCUUUCACCAUGUAGAAAUUAAAGCAGUUUUUAAAAUAAAUAAUCUUACAUUUAAAGGCAUCAUAUUGUUUGGGAUAACUGGCAUCACAUGUGUUUCUAAUUAGUCAGGUGUGUUCAAUGGCUUCUUUAG